AUGACGGCGCUCUCUCUGCUUCUCCUCGCGGCCGGAGCCUGUCUGACCCCCGCAGGCCUCGGCUCGGAGGUCAUCGGAGGCAGGGAGGUGGCCCCGCACUCCAGGCCCUUCAUGGCCUCGCUGCAGCACCGCGGGGAGCACGUGUGCGGGGGGGCCCUGAUCCACCCCCAGUGGGUGCUGACCGCCGCCCACUGCCACCACCGGUUUGCCCGAGGCCCGUCUUCCCACGUGGUGUUGGGCGCUCACUCGCUCUCCAAGGACGAGGCCUCCAAGCAGACGCUCGGGGUCGCCAAGCUCAUCCCGUUCUCGAGGUUCACCGUGGACCCCGCGUCGCAGGACGUCAUGCUGGUGAAGCUUCACAAGCCCGCCCAGCUCAGCAAGCAGGUCCGGCUGCUCCGGCCGCGCCCCCGGGGGGACCUCGGGGCCGGGACGAAGUGCCAGGUGGCCGGCUGGGGCGCCACCGACCCCGACGGCCUGAGCCCCUCGGACACCCUGCGGGAAGUCACUGUGACCGUCAUCAGCCGCAAGCUCUGCAACAGCCGGCGUUUCUACAACGGCCAGCCCGUCAUCACCAGAGGCCAGGUGUGCGCCGGCGACGCCCGGGGCCAGAAGGACUCCUGCCAGGGCGACUCCGGGGGCCCCCUGCUCUGCGGGGGCGCCUUCUCCGGCCUGGUCUCCGGAGGCCGUAAGUGUGGUGACGCCACGAAGCCCGGGGUCUACACCCUGCUCACCCCCGCGCUCCAGGCCUGGAUCCGGAGCAAGCUGCGCCCGCCGCCCGCAGAGUGA